GCUAUGUUUUAGCCAUAGAAAAAUGGAGGACUUUCAGAGACUUCAAAGCUGAAUAGCUGCUCAGAAAUACAGAACAGAAAAAUACUUCUUAAAGAAGUAUUGGAAUUGAUCUGCCUUACAUUACAAUAGAAUAAGUAAGCUGAGUGGAGAGAAAAAAAUGGCCACACAAACCCCUGAAUAAACGAUUUUGUUAAAGAAACCACAGGAGAGAAGUCCUUUCUUCUGAUGUGGCUGCGUCUGGCCGAGGGGGAAACCCGCGUCGGGAGCCAAGUCUUUGUUCAGAGUAGCUGCUGCCUGCGUCCUGCUCAGCUCCAAGGUGCUGCGGGAUGCUCCAGUACAGAUUUGAAGCAGAGCUGUACAGCUGCUGAAUUGCUUUUUGAGAGAGGAGGAGAGAACACCAAGGAAUUACUCGUACAGCAGCUUUGAUGGAAACAAAACCAAAAUGUUUUCAAGUUGAUGACCACCUCCGACUAGAAGUUGAAAUGCCCCGCAAAUGGACCUUGGCUUCUAAACGUGUUAAAACCAACGUGAGGCAGAUAAUGGCAAAGUGUAGGUACUGUAUUUAUGCUGAACAGUGGCAAACUGUCUCAUGGCAUUGUGAUGAGGACAAAUACUUUGAGGAGAGAAGAAAUCUGAAAUUUUCAUUUGUGUACUGAAUUCCAAAGAGACAAAAGGUGGGCUGUGCCAGUGGUGUUGAUGUCCUCAGCCUGUGGUGCCAGGGUCAGACCGUAGCCAGUGCUCCCGGCAGCGCCUGCGCCGUCUGUGCGAAGGACGGCUCGAUCCCCCUGCUCGCCUCCCGCAGGCGGGAUGAAGAGGGCAAUCGGCUGGUAAGAGUCGAUGGGAUCUGCGUGGACGUGACUUUGUUGCUCCUGAUAACGCUACGUAAAAGCGAAGAAGAGCUGCUGCCAGAGUUUCAUUUCCCCUCCGCUUCUCACUACUGCCGCUGAAUGCAAGCCAGAUUUCCAAGGAGAAGAACAGUGAUGGACUGAGUAUUUCCAAGAACUGUGCACAGAAAUACAGCAGAGGAAGGCAGCAAUACGUCACCUGAUAAGGAGCUCUUCUUCCAGCAAAGCUCCAGCAGUGAAAGUAGACUAAAUGUGUUUUCUAAGCACUGCACUGUUCAGCAGGACACAAAGUCGUGGAACUGCCUCCCUAGGAGAGGAGCCAACUAACCUGGUCUUGGGAUAAACUAGGUAAACUACUUCUGCGGAGGUUAGUCGCCGCUGGAUCUACUUUCCCAGGAACGUCGCUUCCACCUGACAGCGAAUCUGAGCAGCUGGCUGUGGAUUCUGUAUUUGCUUCCCCACAAACAAACAAAGGUUAGUCGGGUGGCUGUGGCUUUUUUGGAGAGAGACCUAACCCUGGACCCGUGUCAAAGACACAUGUCCGCCGUUUGCCAUGGGAUUGACGAAUUCUUAGCUGUUUUGUGAGCUCUCUCGGUUCUCCACUUGCCCUUCACUCUAAAGUCUACAUAUAUGAAAUGGAAAAUCGAGGGCUGUUCUGCACCCUUUGUUACCUGAUGUUCAAUGCACCUCUGCUGUUCGUUGUGAACGCUACCUUUACUGAAGUUCCCAAAGAUGUGACUGUUAGGGAGGGAGAUGAUAUUGAGAUGCCUUGUGCUUUUCGAGCCAGCGGAUCCACCUCUUACUCCCUGGAAAUCCAGUGGUGGUACCUUAAAGAGCCAGCCAGAGAACUUGCACAUGAAUUAGCCAUCAGUGUCCCUGGCAGCAGGAGCAAGGUAACAAAUAAGGAUGCAACUAAAAUCAGCACGGUGCGCGUCCAGGGCAACGACAUCUCGCACCGCCUGCGGCUGUCGGGGGUGCGGCGGCAGGACGAGGGCGUGUACGAGUGCCGCGUGGCGGACUACAGCGACGACGAGACGCAGGAGCACAAGGCCCAGGCGCUGCUGCGCGUCCUCUCGCGCUUCGCGCCGCCCGACGUGCAGGCGGCCGAGGCGGUGUCGCACAUCCAGAGCGGCGCGGCCCCGCGCCGGCACGGCCCCGCCGCCAGGGCCACGCCGCUGCCCGCCGCCGACAAGCGCCCGCCGCCCGCCGAGGCGGGGCCCGCCGCCGCCUCCACCGCCACGGCCAGGACCAGGGCCGCGUCCUCGGCCUCGCCGCCGCCGGGGCAGGCCGCCAUCCUCCGCCAGCAGCACGGGUCAGGUACAGUACCUAUUUAUGCCACAGACCCACUCCUAUAUAUGUUCCUGUUAAUACUGCAUAAGCUUGUAGCUUUAUUAGUAAACCACUGACGGACUACUUCCUCAGCUACUCCUCAGCCAAACACAAAGGAACCUAUUUAAAAACAGAGCCAACCUUUGACAAAAAUAACUACAGUUUUAAAGAUGGACAGAAAGAGACUGAAAGAAGCAUGAUAGAUUCUGAAUGGGGGGAAAAACAUAUUUUUGGGGAUGUCACAAAAAGUAAACCACAUAAAAUAAUGCAUCUAGUUUCCAGACUCUGUGAUGUAACGCCCUGCUUUAUGCAUGGCACUUCUGAUUUCUCUAUUUUAAUGUAAUAUUUUUUUCUUUUCUAAACCUUUCCUCUGACUCUUCAUUUUGCACGAACUGUUGAGCAGUUAUCUUUAUGACAAUACGUAAAAAUGUUGGGUCAAAGCCCUUCCUAAGAAAGGAAAUAUUUUUAGUAGAUUAUUGUGCUUAGGUUUUUUUGGAUUUCCUUUUUCUUUUUUUAAUUAAAUUAUUUCUUUUUGAGACAUUUUAAUUAAAAAGGCACACCUUACCAUAAUUAAUAUUCACUGUCGAUAAUAUUUAUUUUUAAAUAAAGAUUGGAAACAAGGUAAGACAUUUGUUUAUAAACUGUAUUGUAUAUUGCUGAAUAACAGUUGAAUAAAAAGAUUUUGAAAUAAA